AUGACGAACUGGGAGAAAGGUCACUACAUCAACUACAAGAAGAUGUCGGAAAACCUAGCGAUUGUCCGCAGCAGACUCAACCGCCCUCUCACUUAUGCAGAGAAGAUUCUGUAUUCACACUUGGACGACCCGCACGGGCAAGAUAUCGAACGUGGAGUCUCCUACCUCAAACUCAGACCCGACCGAGUCGCCUGUCAAGAUGCCACCGCACAGAUGGCCAUCCUGCAAUUCAUGUCUGCCGGCAUGCCCUCCGUCGCUACACCGACUACCGUCCACUGUGACCAUCUCAUCGAGGCCCAAGUUGGUGGAGAUAAAGAUUUGGAAAGAGCGAAAGACAUCAACAAAGAAGUCUACGAUUUCUUGUCCACUGCUUGUGCGAAGUACAACAUCGGCUUCUGGCGUCCUGGCUCGGGCAUUAUCCAUCAGAUAAUUUUGGAGAAUUAUGCAUUUCCUGGUGGUUUGAUGAUUGGAACCGACUCUCACACUCCCAAUGCUGGUGGUCUUGGUAUGGCUGCCAUUGGUGUCGGUGGAGCGGAUGCGGUCGACGUGAUGGCCAACCUACCUUGGGAAUUGAAGGCACCUAAGGUGAUUGGCGUCAAGCUGACUGGUGAAAUGUCGGGAUGGACUGCUCCAAAGGAUAUCAUCCUCAAGGUGGCAGGUAUCUUGACAGUCAAAGGUGGUACUGGGGCAAUUGUCGAAUAUCAUGGUCCGGGUACCAACAACCUUUCCUGCACCGGCAUGGGCACCAUUUGCAAUAUGGGCGCUGAGAUUGGAGCAACCACUUCUCUCUUCCCGUUCAACGACCGCAUGUACGAUUACCUAGCCGCCACAAAGCGCAAGCACAUCGGUGACUUCGCUCGCGCUUACGCCGCUGAGCUUCACGAGGAUGAAGGUGCCGAGUACGACCAAAUGAUUGAAAUCAACCUCUCCGAACUCGAGCCUCAUAUCAACGGUCCAUUCACCCCGGAUCUGGCCACUCCCAUCUCCAAGUUCGCACAGGCGGUCAAGGAAAACAAAUGGCCCGAGGAACUGAAAGUCGGACUGAUCGGCUCCUGCACGAACUCUUCAUAUGAGGACAUGAGCCGCGCUGCAUCAAUUGCUCAGGAUGCUAUGGACCAUGGCAUCAAAGCCAAAUCUCUGUUCACCGUCACCCCCGGUUCCGAGCAGAUUCGCGCCACCAUCGAGAGAGAUGGUCAGUUGAAGACUCUUGAGGAAUUUGGCGGCGUCAUUCUCGCAAAUGCCUGCGGCCCGUGCAUUGGUCAAUGGGAUCGAAGGGACGUCAAGAAAGGCGAACCCAACUCGAUCAUCUCCUCAUACAACCGAAACUUCACUGGCCGCAACGAUGCCAACCCUGCCACUCACUCCUUCGUCACGUCUCCAGAUUUGGUCGUGGCCAUGACCAUUGCGGGAAAUCUCAACUUCAACCCUCUCACCGACACCUUGAAGGACAAGGAUGGAAACGACUUCAAGCUCAAGCCACCCACCGGUGAAGGCCUGCCUCGCAACGGCUACGACCCGGGCCGUGACACAUACCAAGCCCCACCUGAGGAGCGGAGCCAGGUCGAUGUGAAGGUGUCUCCGACGUCUGACCGUCUUCAAAUCUUGCAACCUUUCGAGCCCUGGGACGGCAAGGACUUCAUCGACCUUCCCAUUCUGAUCAAGACCAAGGGCAAGACCACCACCGAUCACAUCUCCAUGGCUGGGCCCUGGCUCAAGUACCGUGGUCACCUCGACAACAUCUCGAACAACAUGCUGAUCGGUGCCAUCAACGCUGCGAACGGCGAAGCUAACAAGGUCAAGAACUUCAAGACAGGUGAAUGGGAUGCGGUUCCUGCCACUGCUCGCCAGUACAAGAAGGAAGGAAUCAAGUGGGUGGUGAUCGGAGAUUGGAAUUAUGGAGAAGGCUCCUCUCGAGAGCAUGCUGCCCUUGAACCCCGCCACCUUGGAGGUAUCGCCAUCAUCACGCGAAGCUUCGCCCGUAUCCACGAAACCAACUUGAAGAAGCAAGGGAUGCUGCCCUUGACGUUUGCCAAUCCCGAGGACUACGACAAAAUCAACCCUGAUGAUAAGGUCGACUUGUUGAUCACCGACUUGGCCCCCGGCAAGCCUGUGACCAUGAGAGUACACCCCAAGGAUGGCAAGGCUUGGGACUGCGAGUUGCAGCACACCUUCAAUGCGGGUCAGAUUGAAUGGUUCAAGAACGGUAGCGCCCUGAACACCAUGGCCAAGAUGCACGGUUCCCGCUAA